UUCACUUUUGCUUCUUCACAAGUCACUUCUUUGUUUGUCUGACUGAUUCUCUCUGCCUGUCUCUCCUCAGCCUAAUGAUGGCCGAAGCACAGUUGUUUGUAUCACAGGACGAGUUCACCUGCUCGGUGUGUCUGGACACCCUGACUGACCCUGUCACAAUCCCCUGUGGUCACAAUUUCUGUCUGAAGUGCCUCACUGACUAUUGGGAUAAGAAGCGAGUGUGCAGCUGUCCUCAAUGCAGAAGGACCUUCACUGCAAAGCUUGACCUGCAUAGAAACACUGUGCUGAAUGAAGUUGUCAAGAAAUUAAAGAAUACAGCAAUCAGUCCUCCUCCAUCUCAGAAUUAUGCUGGCCCUGGAGACGUGGAGUGUGAUGGCUGUACUAAAAAGAAGUUCAGAGCAGUGAAGUCCUGUCUAACCUGCAUGGCCUCCUUCUGUAAGACUCACCUCCAACCUCACUUUGAAAUAGCAGCCUGGAAAGACCACAAACUGAUUGAUCCUGAUGGAAAUCUAAAGGAGAAACUCUGUGCACAACAUCAGAAAAGUUUGGAAAUAUUUUGUAAAACUGAUGAGAUGUGCAUCUGCAUGGUGUGUAUGAUGACUAGACAUAAAAAUCAUGAAAUGGUGGAAUUGGAGACAGAAAGAGAAGAAAAACAGAAACAGCUGGGGGUGGAAUUGAGCAAAAUCAGGAAGACGCUUGAGGAAAGAGAGAAGACACUGAAGAAGACAAGGACGGCAAUGGAGCAGAUGAAGAUUUCAGUGGAAAAAGAGGUAGAGGAAAAUGAGAAGAGUUUCACUGAUCUGAUGCACUGCAUUGAAGAAGCCCAGAAGAAAUUGAUUGAGAGGAUCAGAGAACAAGGAAAAAGAGAAUUGGAGAAGGCAAAACUAGUCACGGAGCGUCUAGAGAAGGAGAUUGAGGAGCUACAGAGGAGAGAUGCUGAGCUGAAGAAGCUUUCAGACACCAAGGACAACAUCCACUUCCUGCAGACUUUCUUAUCUUGCUGUGUCCUUCCUUCUUAUCGAGACUCACUCAGCUUCACUGCCAUGACUAUGUUCUCUUUUGUGGACCUGAGAAAAGAGCUGUCCAGUAUGAAGAAGCAUCUGGUAAAGAUCAGCCAGGAGCCCAUUGUGACAUUGACUCCAUCAGGCCCUGAAUCUGUACUUUUUGCCUUACAGCCUCCUGAACCUCAGAGCAGAAAAGAGUUUUUACAAUACUUCUGUCCUCUCACAAUGGACAUCAACACAUCAAACAGACUCCUCCGUCUUUAUGAAGGGAACAAGAAGGUGAUGUGUCAGUGGACAAAGGCCGAAUAUCCUGAUCAUCCUGAGAGAUUUGAUGGCUGGGCACAAGUUCUGUGCAGAGAGGCACUGACUGGGACUCGCUGUUACUGGGAGGUGGAGUGGAGUGGACAUGUGAUGAUGAUUGGAGUCGCAUAUAAAGGACUGAGCAGGAAAGGAGUGGGCAAGGAGUGCGGACUUGGAUACAACAACAAGUCCUGGUGUUUGCGGUGUUCUUUUUCCCAGUACUCUGUAAAUCAUAAUGAAGAAGAGCUUGUAAUCAGCGCCCCCUACAGCCCCAGAAUAGGCAUAUAUCUGGACUGGCCUGCUGGCUCGCUGUCAUUUUAUAGUGUCUCGCACACAAUGACCCUCCUGCACAGGUUCAACACCUCCUUCACUGAGCCACUCUAUCCAGGGUUUGGCCUUGGGCCUACACUUUGGGGUGACUCCAGUGUAACAAUCUGCCCUCUGAUGCCAUGUGACCACUGACCAGUGCCACCCACCAGUCACUUGAUGUCUCCACAAGUGCAGGUCCUCUUUGUAUUUGUAGUUUGGGUUCAAAAUUAAUUAAUUUUUAUAGAAUGGUGGGGGCAGCACCUCUAUAGACAGAUAUAUAGAUAGGAAAGGCACUAAAUAAUAGGCUCUUGAGUACUCAAAUCUGAAACCAGAAAUUGGGAAACACUCAGAUAGUCGCACAUAUUGAAACUUUAGCAGGAGUAGGAGAGGGGUUUAAUGAGGUAUAUCUGCUCCCUCUUGUGGACACACUUUAUGCUACACAAGAGGGAAAUCUCAGGUAGCGAAAAAGUGUACAUUGCUUUGAAACAUUAGAAAAAUCUAGACGAGAACAGGCCAUUCACCCCAACAAAGCGGACCAGUCAUAUCCAAUAAAUUCUUCCAAAAUAGCAUCAAGUGUAGCUUUGAAGGCCCCUAAAAUCCUACUGUCUACUUCACUAGAGUUAUCCCUUGCAAUUCAUGGGGUUUAGGUGUGCUGGACCCUUACAAAUCAGAAAAUCCGCAAAUACUUUUGGGCUCACGAUUACUGUAUAUUCCAAGUUGAUUUCACUAAAUAAGAUGUAAAAAAUUGUGAAAAACACAAGAUAGAAAGAUCACUGCGCAAGCAAAUCAUGUGUCGGGCUGGGUGUCUAGACAAACUGUGUGGUUCAGCAGUUCUUCAGUAAGCGUUAAGUUUUUACAAAGUUUAAAUUAUAAUAAAGUUGUGUGUCCAGUCCAGUUUUGCAGAGGCAGAUGAUAGUGGUAUACUUAUGAAAUCCUCUUUAAACAGCCAAAGUUAUGUAAAGUUUUGUAAGGCCGUGAUGCCAAUGUAGAAGUAGGGAGCAGUACCUAAACAAAGUCAUUUUUCAAAAUGAACAAAAUUUCACGCAUUAUCAUGCAUAGGACAAAAACAUAAAUCCAGAGAAAAUGGUAAUCCAGUGGGUGUGAUUGUAAUCCAAUUAUGCAGUGAAGUGUUGAAACAAACACUAUUCAUUGUGAUCCUUCCAUCUCCUUAUCGCUCAUUUGUAAAGCUAGCGCCAUCAUCUUGUUAAACCCAGCAGUCCUUUUGGCAACCACAGAAGCUGCCCUAUGAUGCAGUACUCCCAGGGUUGCUGGUAUUUGCAGUCUAUUUAAGUGGCACAGCUUUAGUACCGUCAGCAGUUUUCAACAAUAGGACACAAAACUCGCAAAAAAAUUUCCAUUUACUUAUUAAAAACAAAUCCACGAAAAGGCAGAUCUGCGAAUCCUACAAAUCUAUUGUCUGUGGUUCUCUGUGUGAAGAAAAACGUACUAAUAUUUGUGUGACAUUUACCCUGCGUCCCCAUGUUCUUGAUGAACUCAUU